AUGAAACCAAAUAUUGAUGUGACUCCGAUCGUUACUAAAAUCACAGCGUUUGUCAAAUCUGAGGGGGUUUUUGAUCAGUUUAGAAGGGAUUGCAAUGGUGAUAUAACUCAAAUGGAUAAAUAUCGUCAAUUGGAACACUUUGUACAAGAAUAUGUCAACGAUUGGCUACUUAACGAAAGAUGGACUGAAUCUAGUAACAAGAACAAGCACAGAAACGAUUUACGACAACAAGUGGAUAGAUCGAACAAAGUCAAAGCAACAUUGGAUAGCAUUAUUUCAUUGAAUUUAAGAUCAAGAAUAGAAAAUUUUCGAUCACGGAUCGAGGAUGUGGUUAGAGAUUACAUAAAUAAAGAAGAAGAGCGAAAAAAAUUACUUGAAAAAAAGGAGCAAGAAACCUGUAGUCCUGUAAAUUCGAUAAAGAAUUUAGCGAAUGAUGAAGUAACUUUACUAAGCCAGGCUCAGUACAGCAAGAUCCAAUUGGAGCAGACUGCCAGGACGGCAUUAUUUAAUAACGGUACUUCAUCAAGUAUUAUCUCCGCUAGCGAUCAAAAUAGUGUAGCAGUUGCUACAAAAAGUCUUCAGGAAGGUAAUAAAAGUAACCCAAGAAGUCAAAUUGAUAGCAAUAAAACGAUUUUAAAACAUUCCAUAGAAGAUUCUAGAAUGAUUAGCAGGAAUUCCUCGGAAGCGAUUAGGAAUACUAUAAAAGUUUCAACGGAAAAUAAAGUUCUUGUUAAAAACACUGCUGGAGCUGCUAAGAACAUCGUUUCGGAGAAUAGUUUUAGACUUGGUGUACAAAGGUCUGUGGAGAAUUUUAAGAGUGCUAUAAAACCAUGCUCAGAAUGCAUUACGCCUCCUGUGGGAAAUUCUGCUGAAAACGCGAACUGCGUUGUGGAAAAUUCUUUAGAUAAAGAGAGCUCUACUAUGUUUAAAGUGACUAAGGGUACCCCUUUGGACAAGGACGUAAAUGUUAGUAUAAUUCCAAGUGCUAAACAGAUACCGUCAUUUGUGGAAAAUACUUCACGGAUUGGAAUUGAUAUGAAAUCGGAUAUACGAGUAUUGCAUGAUACCUAUUUUAAUGAUGAUACACCUUCAAAUAAUAUCGUAGAGAAGCGUCACAGCUCGGCUAAAGUACCUCAUGACUUGACGGCUGCUUUAGUAACAACUGAUAAACGUGAUUUAGUUCAGGACGGCUAUUCUAAUCAUGUUACAGAAACACCUCAUACCGAAGAUAUGGUAUUAAAUUUAUCGCAGACUUCAAAAUUGGACAAAACAGGCAUACUUGUAGAUAUGAACAUUAGGAAUAAAGCUGCAUUCAAUUGUGGAUUAGAUGGGUAUAUAGCGCAAAGUACAUAUUCUGAAAUUAAAAAUUCAGAGAGCGGUAGUGAAAGAGAAUCAGAUAAUUCUCUUUCUGGUAUUUCAGAGCAAAUUAGUUCGGUUCAUACGAGUGACUUGUCUUCAUUCAAUGAUGAUAUCAGCUCCAUUUCAUCUCCAUCACUCAGCAGCUCAAAUUCCGACGAAGAAGACGAUAUCAUUACGGCAUCUGAGACUGGAAGAAAUUUAUCAGUGCAACGGCAGAACGACGAAUGCGUAAAUCAAUGUAUAAGCAAUCAAUCUGACGCUAUUAAAGGUAAUAGAUCACGAAAGCAGUCCAAGAUCACUGAUUCAAGGACUAAAAGAAGAACGGGUCGGAAGCGUUUGCAACGAUUGAUUAAUAACGCUAACGUAAUUAGUGGUAGUCAAGCUAGAGGAAUUAUUACAAGGAGACGAAGUUCUGCGAGACUGGAUAAAUCCAGGAAAUAG